AUGUCAUCUACGGGUACUGAUUUCGAACCUGUUAAAAAAGUUAUUUCUGAAAGUAUAAACGUGCCUGACAUAACGGACAUAACGGACAUAACGGAGGUUAAACAAACUGUUGAAAGCAUGACCUCAAAAGUUUGCGAUGUUGACUUUUCAGAAAUGACAAUCCAUCAAGCAUCUCGACAAGGAAUUCUACAUGUUGUAAAAAAUAUAAUCGAAAGUGGAUAUGCUAAAGCAACAGAUAGAGACACUGAGAACGUGACUCCGUUACAUUUUGCUGUCAUUAAUAAUCAUGUAACUGUUGCAAAAUAUUUGAUUGAUAAUGGUGCUGAAAUAGAUGCUUUUGGUGGCGAUUUGAUUGCUACUCCGUUGCAUUGGGCAUCAAGAAAUGGUCAUCUGCCUUCUGUAACCCUUUUAAUUAAUCAUGGUGCUAAUCCAAGUCUCCGUGAUUCUCAAGGCUUUGAUUGUUUACACCUUGCCGUACAUUCUUCUAAUCCUAUGUUAGUGUUAUACUUUAUAUGUCUGGAUAUGGCCAUUGAUACUCAAGACUCUUCACAGCAUACUCCCUUGAUGUGGGCCGCUUAUCAAUGUGAUUCAUUAAUUGUAGAUAUACUUAUUCGACUUGGUGCUUCUCUAUCCAAAGUUAAUAAUACGCAGCUUACUCCUCUACAUUUUGCUGCUAUGAAAUCUGAUAAAAUGUGUUUGAGAAAGUUAAUAGAGGCUGGUGCAAAUAUUAAUGCAAAGGAUGAGAAUGGUAAAACGCCCGUUGAUAUUGUUAAAGAAGUAAAGAAUAUUGAUAAAUGGAAAAAAGCAAUGAAGGAAACUGGUUUGGAAAAUAAUGGUAAAAGAG